UGGAAGCUGCAAAAGGCUGAAUUGUUUGAAUAUGAAAAUGGUUUUAUUAGGUCUUCGUGUUGGACCAUUCUGGCUCACAACAGUGGCGUGCUGAAUAUCAACCAUGUAUAAGUACUCAUAUUUCCCAACACAAAAACUUCAACAAUCCUUCCACAAAAUCUUCUUCACACAAGAGUAAAACACAAAACCAAAACUUAUAAACUAUUCUAUAUAGUGUUCAAGUUUAUUGAAGAUGGUUAGAGCUCCUUGUUGUGAGAAGAUGGGAUUGAAAAAGGGUCCUUGGACUCAAGACGAAGAUCAAAUCCUCAUAUCAUACAUCCAAAAACAUGGCCAUGGAAACUGGCGUGCGCUUCCAAAGCUUGCAGGGCUAUUGAGGUGUGGAAAGAGUUGCAGACUGAGAUGGAUUAACUACUUAAAACCUGAUAUCAAAAGAGGAAAUUUCUCGAGUGAAGAAGAAGAGAUUAUCAUCAAGAUGCAUGAGUUGCUGGGAAAUAGGUAGGUUCAUCUUUCUUCUUCAGAUCAAUGCAUUAUGGAACAAUAAUAAUAAUAAUUGGUUAGUAAUCUCCGGAAAUUACUAUAAUGUGUGAUUCUGUUCAUGAAAGUGAAUUUGUUUUUCUUUUGUUCUUAUCUCUUUCUUGCUUUCUUUGAAAUGUAAUCAAGAUUUAGUGGUGGGGCAAACGACAUUAAAGUUGAUUAUAAAAUUGAAAAGGAACUGGGUCCAUUCCUUAAUUAUUAAUUAAUAAAGGUAGAAAGCCAUUCCAUUUGAUAGAAAAUCAAGGAUUGAUAAUGGAUUUUUAUCACUUAAUUUAAUAUUCGUCAAAAAAAAAUACUCUAAAAUGAUUUUCAUUGAAUUUUCAAGCCAUCUUUUUAGUUUAUUUUAUUAAAUCAUUUUAAUAUAUUAGUUCCUUUUAAAACAUCGAUUAUCAAGACUCUUACAGUAUGCUUUUUUACACCAUAUCUUAAUGAAAUACAUAAUUUUUAAGUACAGAUUUUAAUCAAUAUGGCUUAAUAUUAUUAUUAUUCAAAAAACUAGUAAACAUGUGCGUAUGGUAGCAGGAUUCUCUCACUGUGUGCCUUUCAAGAAACUUGUUAUUGCUUAUUAUGGCAUUUUUUUCAGAUCACAUGCAACUUCUAACAUAUCCUAUGUUAAGACAAACCACAAG